AUGUGGACGUCGCAAACUUACCUACGAUCAAGGGCUAUAGUUUUUCUCUUCUGCCUCUAUGUCUAUGGAACCAACAAUGAGCCGAAUAUGGUACCCGGUCGAAGUGUGAUCGUGCACUUAUUUGAGUGGAGGUUCGACGACAUUGCCGAAGAAUGCGAGAGGUUUCUUGGACCGCGUGGCUACGGCGGUGUUCAGACAUCACCAGUAAAUGAGCACGGUAUGGGAUUCGUAGAGAAGAAGAAACGACCGUGGUACGAAAGAUACCAGCCUGUCAGUUACAAAAUUGAAACUCGCAGUGGAAACGAGACUCAAUUCCGUGACAUGGUUCGUCGCUGCAACAAAGCCGGCCUAUACCCUGCCGUACCGUUUGCUCCCGAUGACUUCCACGCGAAAAGGCAGUGUAGCAGCAAGUCCGGUGGUAUCGAUAAUUACGGAGACGUAAAUCAGGUGCGCAACUGUGAAUUGCUCGGACUUCGUGACCUGAACCAUGCUAGGAAGCACGUUAGAGCCAAGAUCUCCGAGUUCCUGAAUCAACUCAUCAGUUUGGGAGUAGUCGGAUUUCGUGCCGAUGCCGCCAAACACAUGUGGCCUGCUGACCUGAAAGUUAUCUACGCGAAACUCUACAACCUCAGCACAGAGUUCUUCACUGCGGGAGCCAUGCCGUUCAUCUACCAAGAGGUGAUCGAUAUGGGUCAAGGCAAGCCGAUCACCCGCUGGGACUACAACCAAAUGGGCAGAGUGACAGAGUUCAAUUACAGUGCCAAGCUUGGAGCUGUGCGGAGAAAACGCCUCGGACAGCUGCUUAAGAAUCUUCAAAGCUUCGGUGAGGCCUGGCACUUUCUUCCGAGUAGUGAUGCGCUGACUCUUAGUGCCACCGUGCCGCAAGCGCGGGAGGCUGCCUGGUAA